CAGCGUUGCCUUCAGCGAUACAUCCCUCCCUCCCUCUCCAGACCCCCCCCUCCCCAACUCCUUACUCCGCUCCUUUGCCUCGAAUUUCCUUUGUCCCGAUCCGAUAGACCGCUCCUGUGCGUCCCGGGCCCAGGGUGACCCGGUGCAAGUCAAGAUGGAACAGCUGGAAGACCUCCGUCUCCAACAGGCCCUGCCCUUCCGCAUGCACCACAACACGCUGAGCGGGUUCCUGACGGCCGAUCUCAUGGUUGCUGCGGGUUCAGCAGCCCUGGUCACUCCGGCAGUGAUGAUUCUGGACAGACUGGUCGUGGAGAAGUCCUCGCACAACCAACCGUUCUUCCCGGCCUUCCGCCGCCAUCUCUGGCUGUCCAUCACCCAGCCCGCCACCUUCCUGACCUCCCGCCCCAGUCUCCUCGUCUGGUCGCUAUACACCGCCACCUUCGCGGCCGCCAAUGCCACCGACACCGUGCUGGACCAGGUCUACCCGCACGUCGACCACGCCAUCGCCGGCGCGGCCACCUUCCUGAGCACCUUCCUGGUGAACUCCUCCGUCGGCGUGUGGAAGGACGUGCGCUUCGCCCAGCUCUUCGGACAGAGCCACGGCCACAGCCACAACCACAACCACAACCACAACCAGACCCCGGCCCCCAAGCCCGUCCCCGCGGCCCCGGCCCCCCAGCGCAAGAUCCUCCGCUUCAGCCGCAGCAUCCCGUUCGCAACCUACUCGGCCUUCCUCGUCCGCGACGCCCUGACCAUCUUCGGCUCGUUCACCCUCCCCGGGAUGGUCUCGGGGUCGAUCCCGGACUCGCUCGCCUCGACGGAGCCCCAGAAGAUGCUGUUCGCGCAGCUGGCCAUCCCCGCAGCCAUCCAGCUGGUCAGCACCCCGAUCCACCUGCUCGGGCUGGACCUGUAUAACCGCCGCGCGGCCCUGCCCAGCUCCGACCGCUUCUCGCGCGUCAGCCGCGACUGGGUGGGCGCGUCCCUGAUGCGCAUGUGUCGGAUCAUUCCCGCGUUCGGCAUCGGCGGGUUCGCCAACACCGAGGGCCGGGCCUUCCUCCACCGGCAGUUGCGUCGUGAGGACGACUGAGUCAGUCAACACCCACUCACCACCCCCUUUCACCCCAACCCAACCCACAAACCGAAACCGCCGCAAUCGGCAUAUCCUCGGCGGCCGAGCCAAACCUGGACAGUCGGCUGCCC